AUGAUCGAGACAGCCGAAGCAAGCCCGUCUAUCACGACUGUUCAAUACCGAAGCCGGGAAGAGGCUACAACGAUCACGGAUGACGCAGGACCAGUUCUAGCAUCCAAUUCCGCCAAGAAAACCAGUAGCGGCCAGCAUAUGAUUGGGAAUGAUACACAUGAGACCCCAUUCUUACACAAGGAACUACGCAGAAUAUCACAGGCUCGGGAGAUAUCUAAAACUUUCGAUUCUUUGGUUUCUGAGAAGAAGUCUGAGGUUGACUUUCGAGAUGCAGCAGGAAAAACAGCACUCCAGGUUGCCCUUGAGCUUGAUCUUAUAGUAGAAGCAAAUACUCUUGUCCUCGCUGGAGCGGACGUCACCCUGAGUAGCUUCGACGAGGAGAAACUUAUCCACUCAGCAUGCCUCGACGGGCAAACUGAGGUAGUGGAAUCGCUGCUUGGGAGAAUUACGAACAUCAACGGUACACAUAUCAACAACGAAACUCCGCUGGCCGCAGCUUGCGAGAUGGGCCACAUGGAUGUUAUUAGACUAUUGCUUGAAAACGGGGCCGACGCGAAUAUUUCUAAUGAUGAUGGGUGGACGCCACUCCACUGGGCCUGUUGGGGGCAUCAGGAACACAUUGUUGAGCGUCUUCUUCAAGUGGAUGGAUUGAAUAUCAACGCCAUUGAAGCGAAAAUGAACCAGACACCGCUCAAUCUAGCCGUAGAAAGAGGCUAUCACUAUGUCGUUUAUCUACUCCUUGGGAACAAUGCGGAUCUCUACAUCAAGGACUCAAUGGAUUUUACUCCUUUGAUGACGGCAACGAGAGAACAGGAUUUGGAGAUGGUUAGGUUGAUACUUGGGCACAAAGUUGGAUGGAGAGACGGUUACUUGGAAAUAACUGAUGAGCGUCGCUAUACUCCUCUCCAUGUAGCCAGCAUGCAGGGGUCUUGCGGAAUAGCCUCUGCGCUGAUCAGCGCUGGCGCAGAUUGCGAUGCUAGAUGGCGAAUCGGUCAUGCUGACCCUGACUGUCCAGAUGAUCCUGGAUGGACACCAUUGCAUUUCGCCUGCUUCCAUGAUCAAGACGAAAUCGUUCGUCUUCUGUUACCAGAGAUACCAUUAUCAGGGGUCGAGGUGGAUGCCGAAGCAGAGAAUCGGAGAACUCCCUUACACGCUGCAAGCCUAGUAGGGAGUGAGCGUGUCGUCAAGUUAUUACUUGAAAGAAAAGCUGAUAUAAAUGCUAAGGACGAUGAAGGGAGCACUCCAUUGCAUCUCGCUAGUGGUUACGAGCCGGGAUGGAGAAAACGAACAGCAGAACGGGAUCUGAUAAAACCUGAUCGCGACUCUUUCGAAGAUUCAGAAUCCGUGAAACGGUGUUGGGACUCCUCGCCCAGACAAUAUGUAUCUGUCAUUGAGCUUCUGAUGCGACAUGGAGCCGAUCCAACCAUAAUUGAUGAGUACGGCUACACAGCCCUACAUAAUGCGGCGAUAUCUGCGUACAAAGGGAAUAUUGAGAAGCUCCUCAAGCUGAUGCAACCAGAUACCCUUUCUUGGAGAGACUGGAAGCAAAGCCCAAUUUAUUCUGCGCUUCUGGGUGAGCAUCCGCUCGCUGCCAUGAGAUCUCUGCUCGCCAAACAGGAAGUCAAGGAAGCGCCUUUUUGGAAGAAUGGUGGAAAGCUUCAAGUCAUCGAGAUGGCAGCUAAAAUGAUUAAGCCCUUUGAUAUUCUGGGUUUACUAUUCUGUGAGCUGCCGAGCGAGCGCGAAAUUGUAGUCACUGAAUCUGAUAACUGGGGUCCGAUUCAAUGGGCAGCACACGAAAGACUUCCAGGUGUCUUGUCCAAGCUUAUCGACGACGCUGGCCGUUCUGAAGACAUUGGUAUGAUGGUCCAUGAAGCAUUGCAAGCAACAUCCAAGUCGAUAACCUCGAACGAACUGGAGCAUGAGUUAUCCUGCGAAGUCCUGGUCCAAGUCAUGUGGAUUCUUAUCACGAACUCUCAACGAACGCCCAAGAACGUGGAAGCAGUCAGAGUUGCCUGGAACGCCGUGCGGGAUGGUGCGGCUAGUCAAAUGGGGGCAACAACGUCUCACAUUGCUGAGCCUUGUGAUGUAUUGUGGAGGCGAGCAUCCCAUCUCAGAGAUCACAAUGAAAGGCAAAAUCAAUUGAUCCGUCACGAUAAAGAGUCGAGUCCACUCAAAGAUAAUAGCAACCUCAAGGCAAGCCUACAUCCGAGAGAUCGUGAACCUUGGCAAAAGAAAGAAAGACGCGAGAGGCAGUUCGGAAAGGAGCCAGGGGUCGAGACAAGCAAAGCAGUAAACAGACCUACCACCUUGGGCACUUUGCAGGACAUUCUAAAGGACCCGCCGUUUGCACAGAUAUCUCAAACGCACAGAGACGAAGUGGACUACAAGCCUCCAGUGCCUGGACUAAAUAAUAAACGGAUAGUCCAAGCGGCUGAAGCCACUGUUGUGGCAUUCUUUAAAGCUAAUGGAGAAUCGGGCAGAAUUAGGAGAAAUCGACCGAUAAAGGAAGUUGUUUACGAUCCAGGACCUACCGAAGUAGUGGGAACGGCAAUCAGGAAUCUGCUUGAUAUGACUAAAAGAGGAUCGAUGCGUUUCAACAGCAACUUAUACGCCAAAGAGAACCUCAAACUCACCUGGGUUCAUUGCCUUCUACCAAUAAGUCAUACUGACAUUAUUUCCCAGGACCUUCUCACCACAAUCAUGUCACAUGAGCGUUAUCGUACUCGCGACUACUACCAAGUCAGGUCCUUCUUCCGUGAUAGUUGGGUUGAAGUCCCUGACAAGGAAUCUCGUUCGCGAAUGAUGAGGCCCCGGUCUGUGAUCAGACCAGAGGAGAAGUCAACGGACGUCCAGUCAAGAGAAGAGGAGGCAACGGAAUCACCUACACUCAUCGAAACGGACAAAGAUGAGGAUGGAAGUAGAGGUUCAGAAGCCACCGAGAGCGAGACUAGACUUGACGACUCGAGGUCAGAGGAUCAGAGGAUCUACGACGACUGGGACUCAAAGCCUGGUCAGCUUCCGAAGAACCCUCACGAAUUUGUGCCUGCGUCUGCUAUCUAUGUUUUUUGA